AUGCUUUUCUCCCCUAUCGGGCCCAGCCAGUCCUCUUCUUUGGUCAUCCCAGCAUCCCAUGAGGAGCAAUUAUGGUCUAUCUUUCUUCGGGAUGUCGACCCUUUAACCAAAGUCAUCCACUGGCCGGUUGUAGAUCAGCUAAGGGAGCGGAAAAUAUCCGCAAACCCCACCCCAACCUGCUUCGACGCUCUGUUGGCCUCUAUCUAUGCAUGCGCAAUAGUUCCUUUGGGGGAAGUUGAGUGCCAGACGAUGUUUGGUCAUGGUCGCGCAGUCCUAAUAGAACAUUAUCAUGCGGCCACGAGAAAAGCCUUGUUUGAAUUGGAUUUUCUCCACUCGUUAGACCUUAUGCUUGUCCAGGCAUUGGCGCUAUUAUUGACGUCCAUUCACCAGCUGUCCGAGCCUUCGCUUUGCUGGUCCAUACUCGGUCUUGUCAUUCGCAAAGCUCAGACAAUCGGUCUCCAUCGUGACGGCACCUCAUUAGGUCUUCCUCUAUACGAGUGUGAAAUCCGUCGACGUGUCUGGUGGUAUCUGGUUACUCUUGAUAUGCGCGUAUCUGAACUGGCUGGGGCUGCUAACCCGAUUAUCUCACAACCCUGGGACACUAAUUUCCCCACGAAUAUCAACGAUCAAGAUCUCCAUCCCGAUAUUGAUUAUUUAACACCAGCCACGGACGGGCUGACCGACAUGAGUUUCUGUUUGUUCCAGUACGAGGCGGUUCGCCUUGUUCGAUCCGCCUACCUCGCUGCAUCGCCUGAGUUCAUGCUGCGAAACAGUCCUCGCAUGCUGCUCUCCAUUGAGCAAAUCAAUGUCUUCCGCAGGACAGUAGAAGACAGAUUCCUUCGCUUCUGUGACCCUGUAAUUCCUGUACAUUUCAUGCUCAACUCUUUUGCGCGCUUAACCCUGUGCAAGAUGCAGGCGUUUGUGCAAGAGAUUCGGCCCAAGGAGCGGAAACCGCAGCAAUCAUCGCUGUCGGACUCGGGGUCCAAGUUGAGUUACGGCUUACGAAUGCUGGAAUAUGACCAGUUAUUGCACUCAAACCAAUCCGUUCAUGGAUUCCGCUGGUUCAUCUAUGCCCAGUUUCCAUGGGGUGCUCUCAUCUGGUUGCUUCAGUCGAUGCUAACCAAGAAUUGGGGCGCGAGAGAAGAUAACACGUGGCACCACAUCGAGACCCUAUAUCAGCGCUAUCCAGAGCUAUAUGACGAGGAUCGAGGACUACAUCGCUUGGUGAAUACCCUUGUUCUUCGAGUUUGGUGGCUUCGGCAGGCACUUCGGAAAGGGGCCGUCUUACGAAGCAAAGUGGAACCAACCCCCCAUUUCAUCACCGAACUACUGUCGAAGCCUUAUAUCCGGAGCGAUCAAGUCGCGCCUUUGGAGACCCGUGAAACUGUUCCCAACGAGGGCGCUCAUGGUGCGGCUCCUUCCACGAGCGAGGCUACAAUCAUGGAGCAGCUCGAUGACUGGGAUCAAUUAUUGUUUAUGCCCACUGCUUCACUGGAAUCGAACUUUGACUUCAGUGCCUGGCUUACUUGA